CUAGCGGUAACCCCCGUGCCAACUAGAAAAAGAACUAUUAAAUUUCUGUUUCUCUAAAUUAUGGCCAGCCAUGCUACAGAAUCCUUCUUACGACCACUACUCCCUGCCACUGCGUCGUGCUCUGCUGAUGUUCCCGAAGUGAGCCAGCCCAAGCGAAAACGCCAGACAGUAGCUUGCACAUCUUGUCAAAUAAAGCGUGUUAAGUGUUCUGGGUCCUUUCCGUGCGAUGGAUGUGCGGGGACAGACUUUAUCUGCUGUUAUGAUCCGAGAAAGGAUAAACGUCGGAAAGAAGCUCUAAAAGAUGCCCAGCAAACCAAGGAGGCCUUAAGGACAAUAAUUAAUAUUAUUUACCAAGGAACUGAUAGUGAUCUCGAUAAUUUAAAAGCUAAGCUCAAGACAUUUGCUUCUCCGGAAGCAGUCAUGGAGGAGUUGCUUAAUAAUGUACAUAUUUGAACAAGAGUCCCCUGGUCGGCUCCACUGGAUAAACGUUCUUGGUUUCACCUCGCUUUGCCGUCAACCAAUUUCGUCGGGAUUUUGAACGAAACCACGGAUCCUUUCUUGGGACAUUUUCCAGGGCCUAAAAACCCACAGCACGUGCAAACGAAUAAGUGCCGUAAUGUGAGAGAUAUCAACAGCUCCUUUCGGACAAUCAAGAGGUUAUGCGACGAGGGGUGUUCGGUAACGGUCUCCCCACCCGACUAGCUGUCACACAAUGCUCCACUCCUGCUAAAAGUAAGUUGCAUCUAACCCCACGAUCUCAUACGAGCUCCGUAG